UUAGCUUCUAAAAAUGGCAAAAUAAAAGCUAAUAAAAAAGAAGAAGAAAAAAGAGGAGAAUCCAGACAGUUUUCUUUAGUUGUCGAGAUUAGUCUUAAGCGUUGGCCUCACCUUUGACCACACACAACCAUACGGUGCCCACGUGUAUGUAUGACCGUAUAUCUACGGAUCCACAAGAGAAUACGGUGAAUGGUGAUGCGUCUCCCAGAUUCAAAGUUUCCAUCUUUUUUUUGUAAAACAAUAAGCUUAUGGGAAUAUAUACUCCAUCUCCUUGCUUCAUCUGAAAAACACACAAAACUUUCACUUUUCCUUUUCCCCCCCGCGAAAAGAUGCACAGAGAAAGAAAGGAAGCUUUUUAGCUCUCCCUCCAAGUCUCCCUCUUCCUCCCUUCUCGGCCCUCUCUCUCUCUCUCUCUCUCUCUCUUUAAGGCCCCCACCCACAAAGCUUUGGUCCAUCUUUGGAAGGAGAAGAGAAAACAUCCAAAGCUCCUGUUUUCCCCCCCCCCUGGAGAGGGUUUCUUAGACCGCAAGUUACAGAAUCUUAAAUCCAAAAACGGGUGGAUUUGACCGUUUGUGAAAAUGGGAGAUCAUUUCGUGCUGUUGGUAGACCGGUUGAUAACGGAAUCCACGCUGGAGGCUGCCAUAGAGAGCAGAAUCCGGGCAGCGGAAGAGGGGAAGAACACAAAGGACAAAGACGGAGGAGAAGUUAGAAAGGUGAAUGAGAGAAGAGGGAAUGGGGAAUAUUCGGUGGUGGAGUGCAGGAUUUGUCAUGAUGAGGAUUUGAACUCGGAGAUGGAGACUCCUUGUUCAUGCAGCGGCAGCUUGAAGCAUGCGCAUAGGAGGUGCGUGCAGAGGUGGUGUAACGAGAAGGGUGACACCAUCUGCGAGAUCUGCCAUCAGCAAUUCGAGCCGGACUACACUGCACCGCCGCCUCCGCCAUUGUUGCAGAUGAGCCGUAUUCCUCUCAAUUUCAGGGGAAACUGGGGAAUAUCAAGAACGGAUCAGCAUCAUCAUCAUCGCUUGAUAGCAGCAAUGGUUCCAUCUCACCAUUCUUCCCUUGAAGAUGAAGAAGUGGUUUCUUCCUCAAGUCGCUUCCUCUGCUUCCGUUCCUUUUUCCUAAUCUUCGUGCUUCUUCUGAUACUCAGACACACCCUCCCUCUCCUCCUCUUCCAAUCAAACCCUCCUUUCUUCCCUUUCCUCUCGCUUUUACUUGUGAGAGUUGUCGGAAUCGUACUGCCCAUCUUUGUCGUCACCAAAGUUGCUGCCGCUUGCCAUCGCCGCCGCAACCAGCUGGAGGAGUCUGAGGAUUCAUCGGACGAGGAAACUGAACAAGCAGCCGUACAUCCACCACGGAGGCAAUCCUAUAUCAUCACCGUCCGGUGAGGAGGAUGACGAUACCAUCUUUAGCAGAAUCAAAACGCACACUGUUAGGAAUAGAUUUCAUAAGAUUGAAUGUAAACCAUCUAUUAACCCUACAAAACUCACCUGUAUAGUAUAUAUCAUAAUAAUAAUAAUACUCUCUCUAUUAUA